AUGGAAACCCUGUCAAAGAUAUGUGAGAGUGAGGAGUCGAUCGAGCCGAUGCUCAUCUUUCUCGGUGGAGGGAAUAUGGCCACAGCUUUGGUUGAUGGAGCCGUCAAGAAAGGAUUUGUGCAAAAAGAGCAAAUCGCAGUAACGGCACGUAGUGAGGUGACUCUUAACAAGUGGAGGAAUAAAGGAUACAUGCAUUUGAGUAUGAAUAAUCGAGAAGUUUUAAAGAAAUUUCCCAAAGCUCUUGUUUUCAUCGCCGUGAAACCGCAAGCAAGAUUGGAGCUUUUUGAUCAAAUCAGACCACUCACUCAAGUUUGUAUCUCGUUGAUGGCCGGCGUGAAUUUGAAAGUGCUCGAUCAAGAGUUGUCAGGCUGUGACUCGUCAUCUCAUCAACCAGAGAAUCCUCCCUUAUUGCGACUUCAUCCAAAUAUCGCUUCAAGCAUCGGCGCGGGAGCGUCGAUCAUUUCGGCUCAACCAUCUGUUUCCCCUAUUGUUUUACGAGUUGUUCGUUCAUUUGCUGAAUGCACCGGAUUGUGUCUUCCCGUUGACGAGGAAACCUUUGAUGCAGCUGGCACACUUGCCGGAUGUACUCCUGCAUGGGCUUUCACAAUGAUUGAAGGUCUUUCUGAUGGCGGAGUUCUAUCGGGUGUUCCUCGUUAUCUUUCAACUCAACUCGUCGCUCAAGCAGUCAUGGGAGCGGCGAAAUUGGUGCUGGAGUCGGGCGAGCAUCCGGGAGCGUUGAAGGAUAAAGUAUGCUCACCGGGUGGUACAACCAUUGCCGGCAUUCAACAACUUGAAGCAAGAGGUGUUCGAUCGGGUUUUAUCGAGGCGGUUCGAGCGGCCAAUGAAAGGGCCAAAGCAAUGACGAAAAAAGAG